AGCAGAAGUUAGGGUUUUAGUUGAGGAACAGACGAUUUGCCCUAAACCUCCCAUCUUCUCCCUCUGUUAUCUCUUCCCCGGAUCUAUUUGCAGAUAAAUGUCGACCGGAGAGCUUGCUUGCUCGUACGCUUCUCUCAUUCUCUUCGAUGAUGGCAUCUCCAUCACGGCUGAGAAGAUUGCUGCUCUGGUCAAAGCAGCAAAUGUGAAAAUCGACUCUUACUGGCCGGGUUUGUUUUCAAAGCUCUUUGAGAAGAGAAGCAUUGAGGACCUUAUCGUGAAUGUUGGGUCUGGUGGUGGUGCACCAGCUGCAGUUGCUGCUCCAGCAUCUGGUGCAGGUGCUCCAACAGCUGCUGCUCCUGCUUCUGAAGAAAAGAAGGAGGAGCCCAAGGAAGAAAGUGAUGAUGACAUGGGUUUUAGCUUAUUUGACUAAAGCUUCUUUGGAGAUGAAUUUUUGUUAGCAUAGUUUUUAGCCAUUUAAUUCUUUUUUCAUUUUCUUCAUUUUGCCGUUGCGGCGCAUUUCAUGGCAUUUAGAUUUUUAUGAUCUUCAUUUUCCAUCUGCCAAGUGAGAUAACCUGCUAGGUUGCUACAACUUCUGUUUUUUGAGAGGCAAAUGGCUUAAUAGAAAGUUGUUAUCUUGCAUAUGCAUAUCCUAUA